AUGGGAUCAAUCGCUCCAUCUGAACGUUUCCUGAUUUUUGGAAAUGGCUGGAUUGCCAGUCAAUUCAAAGAAAUCCUGCAAGCACAAGGGAAAGCAGUCUUUGUAUCAAAUGCUCGAAUUGAAAACCGUGAGCAGGUGAUGAGCAAUCUCACCACACACAAGCCCACGCGUGUCAUCAAUACCGCUGGCGUACGAGGAACGCCUAACGCCGAUUGGUGUGAAGACCACAAGAUCGAAACCUUCCGCUCAAAUGUGCUGGGUGCGCUCAACGUGGUCGACAGCUGCUACCAGCUAGGCAUCCACGUCACGCAAUUUGGAUCGGCAUGCAUCUAUAACCUGCCGGAGGACCAGGUCCGAAGCCGUGCACCUUUUUCAGAGACCGAGGAGCCGUUCUUCAAAGGCGCUUGGUACCAUCGGAGUCGCUUGCUAAGUGAGCAAACCAUUGGCCACUAUCCUAACCUUUUGCUCCUCCGAAUGCGGAUCCCGCUAGCUGCAGACCUCCACCAAAAUAACCAUGUCGCGAGGCUGCUGAAGUAUGAUAAGAUCUUGGAUCUGACUGGCUCUGGCACCUGUCUCCCCAACUUGCUUCCGGGUGCUGUAAUUCUCUCAGAGAACUCCGAAACCGGAAUCUACAACUUUGUCACGCCCGGCGAACUCAGUAACGUUGAGGUCAUGGAAAUGGCCAAGCAAUACAUCCGGCCCGACCUUAAAUGGGAAACAUUCGAACUGAAGGACAUGCUGGCAACUUUGAAAGCACCACGUGCGAUUUGCAUUUUGGAUGCAAGCAAGCUGCAGACUAAACUGCGAGAAUAUGGCUACGAGGUCAAGGAGCGCCGCGAGGCACUCGAAGAGAUCUUCCAGAUCAUGGCGAAGAGGGGACUGUAG